AGAAAAGAGAAGGAGGAAGAGAAUUAAACUGUUCCGGUUGCUACAGUGCUUGCAGUUAGGCUGCGUUGUUUUGCUAGGUAGUUGCCAAUGAGCUAGCCAAUGUAGCUAUCUAAUAAUCAUAAUCAUUCAGAUGGUGUUGUUUUCGAUGUGUUGCCUGUGUUGCUCUUAGCUUGAAAAUAGCUGCACAUCGGAAUACAUUGCGUUUCCAUCCGCUGGGUACCUUCGUUGUCAUUGCCCAAACAUGACUUCUCGUCGACCGGAAAGCUUUGAUGGCUUAGGUUACAGGGGAAGAGAAGAUCCUUCCUAUGGGGGAUAUGCUGCAAGGUCAUUUAAUAAUUCGUCCGGCACGGAUCUCCAGCACUGGGUUACAACACCCCCAGAUAUUCCUGGUAGUAGAAAUUUGCAUUAUGGUGAACGCACUCCCCAGUUUGAAACGGCCCCACCUGCAGUCCCUGGAUCCGAAGACAUACAGUCUGCUGCUGGAUCAUCUGAGCAGUUAAACAGAUUUGCUGGAUUUGGCAUAGGGCUGGCAAGUCUCUUCACAGAAAAUGUGUUGGCACACCCUUGCAUUGUGUUUCGUCGUCAGUGCCAGGUGAACUAUCAUGCGCGGAAUUACCAUCUAUCGCCAUUCACUGCUAUCAGUGUGAUGUACAACGUCACUAAAACUCAGGGUCCAAAGGCCUUAUGGAAAGGCAUGGGCAGUACUUUCGUGGUGCAGGGGGUCACACUGGGUACAGAGGGCCUUAUUAGUGAAUGCAGUCCAUUGCCAAGGGAGUUAUCACACAAGUGGAAUCCAAAGCAAGUCAUUGGACACUUGGUACUCAAGGGUUUGUCCUAUGUGGUCGCCAUGCCGUUUUACUCCGCAAGUCUCAUUGAAACAGUGCAGAGUGAGAUCAUCCGAGACAACCCAGGAAUCCUGGACUGUGUGAAGGAAGGCGUGGGCCGGGUGAUGGGCAUGGGAAUCCCCCACAGCAAGCGCCUCCUGCCUCUGUGGAGCCUGGUGUUCCCCACAGUCCUGCACGGGGUCCUCCACUACGUCAUCAGCUCCAGUGUCCAGAAGGCGGUGCUGUUCCUCCUCCGGAGGAAGAGCCCGCCCGGCCAGCCUGCCGACGGGCCCAGCGGCGCGCAGAGCGUGCUGGACGCUUACUUCCCCGAACUCAUGGCCAGCUUCGCGGCCAGCCUGUGCGCCGACGUCCUGCUCUUCCCCCUGGAGACCGUCCUCCACCGGCUCCACAUCCAGGGCACGCGCACCAUCAUCGACAACACAGACCUGGGCUUCGAGGUCCUGCCCAUCAACACCCAGUACGAGGGCAUGAGAGACUGCAUCAGUGUCAUCCACAAAGAGGAGGGGUCCCUGGGCUUUUAUAAAGGAUUUGGGUCAAUAGUAGUGCAGUACACGCUACAUGCCGCUGUACUACAGAUCACCAAGAUGAUUUAUUCAACAUUAUUGCAAAAUGCUUAAAAUAAUAGAAUUUGGGGGGAAAAAUCCCCUUAAUCCGGUCCUUUUUUGACUACUGAUCUUUGUUGUGUUGUUUGGGCUUUUGGAUGUUUCACAUUCCAGAAACAUACAUACAGUGACCUGCAGAGAUGACACAUUCUCCCAAAGCACAUGGUAAGCUUUACUGUCAAAUCCAUGGACUAGAUUUCUCACAGGUUUUUCUGUUGUGCUUUACGAUGUUGUUGACAGCACUAUCUAAGAAAACAUUUGAUGUCAGGGAACUUUGCUUUUUUGAACUUCAUUAGAACAAGACUGCACCACCUGAAAGCUGAAUGCAUUAUCAAUAGUCACCUUGGUCUAGUGGAGUCUUGUCAGUUGGUUUAUUUAAAGCAUUGUUCUCCUCAAAUCAUGUAAGCCUGCUUUUUCUCUUGUGAAGUAAAUGUUGAUCUUCAUUUUUUUUAAAAUCACUCGCUGCCUGCUGAAUAAAUGCUUUUGAUUUUGGUCACUGGGAGUAGCAGAGGACUGCAUUGUGCCAAUUUCUUUAAAGAUGUAUACAUUGUGUACAGUAAAAUUAUGAAAGAUGUGAUAUUUGUCUUUAAAUUAUUAUUUGCACCUUAGUUGUCAGUGUGGUACUUGUAGUAAAAAUAUUGCACAAAAUGCAUCCAGAGUACAUUUUAUAUUGACACAAGGCAUUGACAUAUUACAGUAUAUAGCAGUAACCUAAUAAUUGCACUUCUUGCAGGUGGUUUGAGGUUCAGGGAUAUUAAAUAGUGGUUAGCAGAGACAUGUGUAAAUAUAUUUGCUUUUGCUGCAUAAUAAUUGAAAAUGUACAAUUUCACGUUUUGUUUAUAUUAACAUCCACCAACAAUAAAUGUCUGAAAAUA